UUUUUUGCUCAUAAGGUUCAUCCACGAAGGGAAAGUCCAGGCCGACCGGCAUGAAGCACGAAAACGUGAAAGAUGAGGAGCCCAAGAGAGAUAGGAAGAAGAGAAGCCGCUCAAGGGACAGGAAGAAGAGAUCUCGAUCAAGGGGUAGACGCUCAAAGUCCCGUUCUAGAGACAGAAAGAGGAGCCGUUCAAAGUCAAAGGAGCGCAAGAUAAAGAGGAGGAAGCCCUCUCAGUAUUGGGAUGUCCCUCCAAUGGGAUUUGAGCACAUCACUCCUCUCCAGUACAAAGCAAUGCAAGCUGCAGGCCAGAUCCCUGCGACAGUAACUCCAGAGACACCACAAGCAGCAGUUCCAGUAGUAGGUUCUACCAUCACCAGACAGGCUAGACGAUUAUAUGUUGGAAAUAUACCAUUUGGAGUUACUGAGGAGGAGAUGAUGGACUUCUUCAAUCAGCAGAUGCAUUUGACUGGACUUGCUCAGGCAGCUGGUAAUCCAAUCCUGGCCUGCCAAGUCAACCUGGAUAAAAACUUUGUUUUCCUGGAAUUUCGAUCCAUUGAUGAAACAACUCAGGCUAUGGCUUUUGAUGGCAUCAACUUCAAGGGCCAGAGCCUGAAAAUACGACGUCCUCAUGAUUAUCAGCCCAUGCAUGGCCUUUCAGAGAAUCCCAACAUCAGUGUACCAGGUGUCAUCAGUACUGUGGUGCCUGAUUCCCCUCACAAAGUCUUCGUGGGAGGACUCCCCAACUAUCUCAAUGAGGAUCAGGUCAAGGAGCUGCUGAUGUCUUUUGGACAACUACGGGCAUUCAAUCUCGUCAAGGAUUCAGCCACUGGUCUCUCCAAAGGCUUUGCAUUCUGUGCAUAUGCUGAUGUUUCCAUCACAGACCAUGCCAUUGCAGGUCUUAAUGGAAUGCAACUGGGAGAGAAGAAAUUAAUUGUUCAACGAGCCAGUGUUGGGGCAAAGAACCAGAUGUCAGGCCAGCCACCUGUCCAGAUUCAAGUUCCUGGACUUGUCCUUUGUCUCAUGAACAUGGUGACACCAGAUGAAUUGAAGGAUGAAGAGGAAUAUGAAGACAUUGUGGAGGAUAUCAGGGAAGAAUGUAACAAGUAUGGUGUUGUCCGGUCAUUGGAGAUCCCUCGUCCAAUUGAAGGUGUGGAUGUCCCUGGCCUGGGCAAGGUUUUCAUCGAGUUCAACUCGGUGAUCGACUGUCAGAAAGCACAGCAAGCGUUGGCAGGUCGCAAGUUUAACCAGCGUGUUGUUGUUACAUCAUAUUAUGAUCCUGACAAGUAUCAUCGACGGGAGUUUUGACGAACCAAUUCACUUUCUGCUCUCCAAGUUUUGUUUCUUUCUGUAUAUAAUUAUAUCUAAUGAACCCCCGGCUGCAUUGUCAACUCCCCAUAAGCCCUAAAUAGGGUUGAAGCUCUAAGUGUAGCCAAUUGACUCCAGUUUCACUUCAUUAGUGAAGCGGCAAUUCCUGUUCUGGAUCUCUCUUCCCCACUUUUUGAACUCCUAUUUCUUUCGGAUAUGGUAAUUCAGCAGUAAGAAUGCACUUGUCCAUUGCUCAUUUCUCAGUGUCAUAAGUAUAUCAUCUUGAAUUGCUAUAAAUUUGCCAAAUAUCCAGAGACAAGAUUCAUCCUGAAUUCAUGGACACAUUGCAAGUUUAAUAAUUAUGCCACUCUUAGUUGAUGCUGGGAAACCAGUGAACAUCAUGAGCAGUUCAGCAUUUGUCAGAUACAAUUUUAAUAAUAAAGAAUCAUUUCUUUCAGCAGUGAAGAAAGGGCC